GGCGCAGCAGCAUCAGUAAACGACCAACUCUCGCGAGGUGCGCACACGCAACUCUCGUUGCACUAAAAAACAAGAAAAAGCUCUCACACGACCAGCAAGAAGCUCUGCCGCUCUCUCGCCAUGUAUUUAGAUACGAAAAACAUGACGGCCAGCAGCACCAACACUAACAGCGUCCACACAUCAGCGAUGACAGCGACUGCAGCAACACCAAAGCCCAAGACGGUGCGACGCAUGCGCAAAGUCUUGCAGCCCCUGCGCCGCCUUCUGACAGUGGGUGGCAAGGGCAGGCCUGCACCACUCACACUGGCCCACCCCAAUAAUGUGGAUCUCAACAACACACAGCUGCAGCAGCAGCAGUUCGAGCUUAUACUCGAAGAUGAGAGCAAGUCAACACCAGAGGAGUCUAUCUACAAGUAUGGGGAGGAGCUGAGGCACACCAUACCCGUGGAGGAUGAGGUGUCAUUGACCCAGCCGCCCAAUACGCCAACCCUCAUCAGCAGCGUCUAUGUAGAGAAGGCCCGUGCACGGAGCUGUGGCGCUUGCCCCCACGGACGCAACUGUCAGCACACACAUCACGGCAACAGCAACAGCCACAUCCACAGCGGUACGAGCACAUCAACUGCAGCUCCAUUACAGCAGCCCAGCCAGCUCUGGGACUUGCAGUUGCCGUUGCAAUACAUUAGCACCGAUAACGGUACCUUCUUCUGGGCCAACACCCAGGAGCGGGUGGACGAUGACCUGCUGCAUGCGCUACUCUGCCAGAGCUUCUGCCAACUGCCCGGCACACUCUGCUAGCUGUAUCUCUCAAGUUUCAGACACCAACACCAGUACACAGAUCUCAUUUUUUGGGGAGAGAUACUCCCACUCCCCCCACAAUUAUUGUAAUUUAAUUUAUUUAUUUUCCG